AUGAGUAAAUCAGAUUCAAGGAAGAAACUGAAAGAUCUGCUCAUAAAUCUGCACCAAGGGUGCAUCGAGUUUGAUAUUACAACUAGUAGUAAUAGUUUAUUGAGUUUCCGUUCUUAUUAUAAGACGUUGCUAUUGCAUUUGGUUGAUGUGAUAAAAUCACCAACUCGUACUCCAAAAUUAAGAAAUAGAGCAAUUAUGAUACUAUUAACUAUUAUUUUGUCAGGAAUUACUUUAUCAACUACUGUUUCAUACACUGGUUAUAAAAUAAUUCAAGUUUUCAAGAAUUUAAUAGUUAAUUCAUAUUCACGUAAUGGAAGAAAUGGUAAACCGGUUUUGAGAAGAACAAGAUCUCAAAUGAUGCUUGAUACAGGUGCUAGGGUUAUGUACAUACAUGAAGAUAAUAAUAUGAAUUUGGUCGGAUCAAAUAGGGAUAUUACAUUAAAUAGUAAAUUAGGAAACAUUAGUGGCAUGGCAAGGACAAAUUUAAAUAAUAUAAAACAGUCGUUUAAGAAAAUAUUCAUUCCUCCAAGAGAUGAAGAUUUAUUUGAACAUGAUAAAUUUUUAUUUAAAAAUGUUGAAAUGGGGAAGCUGAAAAAAUCUCAAUUGUUUUAUUCAAAAUUCUUAAGUCAAUUGAGUGUAUUAUCAAAAAUUUUAAUUCCCACUAUUGUUGAUAAGAAUUCGAUUUUACUAUUCUUACAAAUAUUUUUUUUAAUAUUAAGAACGUAUUUAUCCUUAUUGGUUGCAAGACUAGAUGGUAGAAUUGUUAGAGAUAUAAUUUCUGGAAGAUUAAAAAAUUUUAUUGUCGAUAUAGGUUAUUGGUUUUUGAUUGCAUUUCCAGCUUCAUAUACGAAUGCUGCUAUUAAAUUAUUACAAAGAAAAUUAAGUUUAAAUUUUAGAGUGAAUUUAACAAGGUAUAUUCAUGAUUUAUAUCUGGAUAAAAAAUUAUCUUUUUAUAAAAUCAUCUUUGAUUAUAAUGCAAAUUCUUCAAUUAUAAAAAAUAUUGAUAAUUCCAUUACAAAUGAUAUUGCAAAAUUUUGUGAUGCUUCAACUUCUAUAUUUGCUAAUAUUGCAAAACCUGUAAUUGAUUUAAUAUUCUUUUCCGUCUAUCUUAGAGAUAAUAUUGGCUCCAUUGGUGUUGCUGGUAUAUUUAUAAAUUAUUUUGUUACUGGAUAUAUCUUAAGAGCAUUUGCUCCACCAUUGGGCAGAUUGGCAAGUGACAUGUCUGCGUCAGAUGGUGAUUACUAUAACUAUCACUUAAAUUUAAUUAAUAAUUGUGAAGAAAUAUCAUUUUACCAAGGAACUAAUGUAGAAACAACAAAAGUAAAACAAUUAUAUUAUAUUUUGAUGGAUAAGAUGCUUAUAAUGGAUAAAAGUAAAUUUAAUUAUAAUAUGAUAGAAGGAUAUAUUUUGAAAUAUACAUGGUCCGGUCUAGGAUAUGUUUUUGCAUCUUUCCCAAUUAUUUUCACUACAAUUGCUUCUGGUAUAAAUUCUGAAGAACAAAAUAUGAAACAAUUCAUUGUUAAUAAAAGACUAAUGUUAUCAUUAGCUGAUGCAGGUUCGAGAUUAAUGCACUCAAUUAAAGAUAUUUCACAAUUAACGGGUUAUACUAAUAGAAUUUUCACGCUGAUUAGUACUUUACAUAGAGUUCACUCCAAUGACUUUGCCUAUGGUGCAUAUAUUGUGGGCUCGAAUGGAACUGGAUCUAUGGAGAACUUAACUGGGGCACAAUCGAAAUCAUUUAAUUUGAAAGCAGAUAAAGUUUCUAGUUCAAUUAAUUCGUCUGAUAGCACAGUUAUUAGAGGUACUAUACAAAAGAACUUUAAUGGUUUAAGAUUUGAAAACAUCGACGUCAUAAUUCCUUCUACUAAGGGGCAAUUAGGAUCAAAAUUGAUCAAAAAAUUGACUUUCCAAAUCCCUCCAUUCAUUGCACCAAUAUCUUCUAUGAAAAUAAAUUCAUUACAAGACUUAAAUACGUCAUUAUCUAAAUUGAAUAUCUCAAAUAAGAAUUCGAUUUAUGAUAUGACAUUACCUUUCUCAUAUGGUCCAGGAUCAAGUUUGUUAAUUCUAGGACCAAAUAGUUGCGGCAAAAGUUCUAUUCAAAGGAUAAUAGCUGAAAUUUGGCCAAUUUACAACAAAAAUGGUUUGAUGUCGAUUCCCGCAGAAGAUGAGUUGAUGUGCAUUCCUCAAAGACCUUAUUUUAGUAAAGGAGGUACAUUUAGGGAUCAGAUAAUUUACCCAAUGGGUUCUGAUGAAUUCUUUGAUAGAGGUUUAAAGGAUAAAUUAUUGGUCCAAAUAUUGGCUGAUGUCAAACUCGAAUAUUUAUUAAAAAGAGAUAAAGGUUGGUCAUACUUCGAUGCAGUCUUCGAUUGGAAGGAUGUUUUAAGUGGAGGUGAAAAGCAACGGAUGAAUUUUGCAAGGAUUUUGUUCCAUAAGCCUAGAUUUGUUAUUUUAGAUGAAGCUACAAAUGCAAUUUCUGUUGACAUGGAAGAUUACUUAUUCAAAAUGUUAAAAAAAUAUAGAUUUAAUUUUAUCAGUAUUUCACAAAGACCGUCUUUGGUUAAAUAUCAUGAUUUACUACUAGAAAUAUCAGAGGAUAAGGAGGGAACUUGGACACUUCAGACAUUAGGGACUGACGAAGCUAUCUCGUCAAUUGAUAAUGAAAUUGAGGAGUUAGAAGCAAAGUUAAUGAAAGUACAAGUAUGGGAAGAAGAGAGAAGGGAACUGCAAAAAAGGUUAGAAGUUAUAUAA